UCUGGGCAUCAGGCCAUGCUUCUAAAAAAGAAACUGAAAAAACAAUUUUUCAGUAAAUACCAAUCGCCUGCAUUAUGUAAAUCAGGGCUGUUUUUGCUUGUAAACAUUUGUCCUGUGGUAGAUUCGAAAAUUAAAGGUUGCAAGAUGCAUCGCAGGCUGUUUUUGUGUGUCUUGUUUGCAGUGAUUGCCUUGUCUGUAGGUAAACCUAAUCCAUGCGAUAAGGGACCUGACUACUGGUGUGAAAAUGAGGAAAAAGCAGCCAGAUGUGGUGUAUUAGAGUUCUGUAAACUCAAAUACCCUGAAAAAAUGAGAUUGGAAACACCAAAAGCAUACAAAACUGCAGCUCCAGUAAAGGUUGAACUCUAUUAUGAAAGUCUAUGUGGAGGUUGCAGAGCCUUUAUUAUGCAACAACUUUUUCCCACAUUUCAAAAAUUGGCUGCUUCUCAAAUCAUAGAUAUUGGAUUGUAUCCUUAUGGUAAUGCACGUGAAACACAAGUAGGACAAAGUUGGAGAUUCGAUUGUCAACAUGGCGAAGAAGAGUGCGCAUUAAACUUAGUUGAAACAUGUGCUUUACAUCUGCUUGUUCAUCAGAAUCAGUUUAUGCCAUACAUUCAUUGCCUUGAGUCAAAUCCUAGUAUGGAAAAUGCUAAAUCUUGUGCAGCUCAAUUCAAAAUUGAAUGGGGACCAAUUGGCAGCUGUUCUAAUGGAACACAAGGUAAUCACUUGGAACAUGAGAUGGCUACAAAAACAAAUGCGUUAAAUCCUCCACACCAAUAUGUACCAUGGAUCGUUGUGAAUGGUGUUCACACAAAUGAUAUUCAAGAAAGUGCACAAACUGAUUUGAUGCAUCUCGUUUGCCAAACGUACACUGGUGUUCAACCUCAUGCCUGUCGAAUCCAUGCACAACCACCUAAGGCAACAAAAUGCUACAAAAAUUAGAACUUAUCUUUUUCUCAUAGUUUUUUUAAUUUGUUUUUUAAUUUGUUAAAUGAAAUUUGUACGAAAAAAAACUUUAAAGAUUUUUGAACUAGAAAUUAUGAUAGAAAUUUAAACCCUCUUGUGUUUGAAUCAUUUUAAAUGGUGGUUCUGAAAUGAAUCGAAAUAUUAUUUUCUGUGUUUAUGUUGAUCAUGUGUAUAUAUGCAUUGUAUCUUAUAUGUUUACUGAAAUAUAAUUGUUCUCUAGAUCAA